AUGGGGCGGUAUUCGGUAAAGAGAUACAAGACAAAGCGGAGAACGAGAGACCUGGACCUCAUACACAGCGACCUGUCCACUGAGGAGUCGAUCCAGAGCCUCAAACACCAGCCUCAAGACGAGACAAAGCCCGGAUUGGGCCAGUAUUAUUGCAUCCACUGUGCAAAAUAUUUCCUCGAUAACAAGGCCCUAGGCGCGCAUUUGAAGGGCAAAGUUCACAAAAGAAGGGUCAAGAACCUGAGCAAACUUCCGUACACUCAACUGGAGGCCGAGGCCGCCGCAGGAACCAAUUUGAACAAGUAUAUCGAGAAAGUGAACGAGUAUCAGCAGAAAGAGCCUGCUAGGCUGGAGUUGAAAAAACAACUGCUGAGCACGCAGCUGGAGGAGAAUGACCAGAAGGACAGUCUGGCGCAACAGGAGUUUGCGGGUGAAAUGGCUGUAGAGUAAGUCACCGGAGAUCUUUGAUUUGGAACGGUAAAUCUUUCAGCACUACAUGACCCGUUUUCGUUGACGUUCGGUCACAUUCGACAUAUAGAUUAUCGCUCUCGUGCGGAUGGAACCCCGACUGGUUGCAGUUGGUGAUGACAGGGAUUCCUGGAGGGUCUGUUAGUCUGAAGAUCCCCAAUUGGCGCUCAAAUUUGGGAGAACAGACAACUGCUAUAGCUUCAUUAAGCAUGAUCUGGUAAGAGUUUUGCGUGUGUAAAUCGACUGACGACAGGAAGCACGAUUGUGUGGGGUGCGUAUGGAUCCAUCCGAGCACGAACAGGUCGAGAUUGUCGAUGAAGUCAAACAGUUUUUCCUCGUUUUUUGUAUUGCAUGUAUUGGGAGUCGAGUCUUGCUCGGGAAUCACAAGAUAAUUGAUGAAGAAUGC